GAUAUGCCUGGAACUGGGCGAUGGAUUGCAACUGCCUGGCAGUGGCAGAGUGCGCGCGAGCCGCGGCCAGGUGGGCCCGCGCUGCUUCUGCGGCUGCUACACCUGACCUGGGGGUCUCGCGCCGCUGGCCUCCUCUGCGCCUGCGCGUCGCUCGCGAAGCAGCCCCUGCUCCUAUGCCAGGCAAAGGAAAAUGCUGAAUAAUGCAAAGCCACGUUUCUCUGCUUGCCAUAAUAUUUGUGUGAGACAGUGCCGGAUACGUGAGUGACUCUGAUACAGUAUUCACCAUGGUUUAGAUCUGUACAAUGGCAGAAAAUGGGCUCCCAGAAAACAAAAGGCCUCGAAGAGGCUUAUCUCUCAGUAGAAACAAGAGCAAAACUCCAAGAAGGAAGUAUGGGGCAGAAACCGAAGGGGCAUUGCCACCAAUGCCUUCAGCCUCUUCCUCUAUCAUUUCAUUUUUCAAUAAUGUUCCUCCUGCCAGGAUUGCCUGCCCUCUAUGUGGACAGGUGGUACCCAGGUUUGGAAUCAACAAACAUAUUGAUGAAGUGUGUCAGAAGAGCUGUGGUGAUGCUGCUGCUGCUGAUGUGAUUCUGGUUGACUCGGCAUCUGAUGCAAGCACCAGUCCUUCCACUCAAAAUGGGCCUAUCUGUUCCAGUCCAUACUUUGCAAAGAACAUUUUGACUCCAGAAAAGAACCCAAGUCCCCUAGAAGGUAGUGACCUGAAAGCUAAAGAAGUGACAGGAGAACAGAGAAGUCCUUAUUUUAAGAAGAAGGAUGGUCCAGCACCCAGUGCCAGUGAGUCUAGAGUGCACGUUGUCAAAAAAAUAUCUCUGCGAGGUUUGUCAACCAAGCUGUCCAGGAGGCGUCAUGCCCAGAGUGGCAAACUGGUGGCUCAAGAAGUGGAGACCACUUCAGCUUCAGAUGCACACGGCAGCUCUGUGGAGAGGAACCCAGAAGAUGUUGCUUCUGAGGAUGGCUCCCAGAAAGAGAACAGACUUCCUUCCUCAAGGUUUCAGAAAUGGCGUAGUCCAAAAGAAUAUUUAUUAAGCAACUCUGAGACUUUAGGAAUGGCACAAGAGGGCGACACAGGAACUCUCCAUAUUGAUUUGGACGACAUCACCUCAGCAUUGGUUCCGUUGGAUGGUCUUGCUUGCAGUGAACGCUCACAACUGGCACAGAGCAGCGAGCAGCAAAAUAGUCCUCAGGGCUCAGUUCCUGAUCUUUGCACACUUGCAGAAUGCCCAGCACCUUAUAGUAAAGUAAGUCUGUCUGAUUUGGAAACUGGAGAGCUCUCACCAGGUCAACAAGUUCCGUUGUCCAAUGCAGAAGAGACAUGCUGUAGUCAAAUGCAGUGUUUAUCUCCUGUGGGAAGUGAUGUGAAAGUGCUUCCUGUGGAAGACCGUAAGGACUUAAGGAAAGAAGUGGUCGAUCAUGCUUGUUUGGGACCUUUAGAAGAAACCAGUUUCCAUCCAAGUGCCAACAUUUUAGAAAUGCUUGCUAAUGGACCUGGUCUCGUCUCGGACUCGGGGGGCCUUCCGUAUUAUCUCCGAAAUUUUCUGAUGGUCCUUCAAGCUGUCCUGGAGAAUGAAGACGACCGUAGGCUUUUUGAUGAGGAAGACUCCGACACCAUUGUGAAAUUCUGCAAGCUGUCAGUCAGCGGACAGAAGUUAUACGCCAGGCUCUUUCAACGCAAGCUGUGCUGGAUAAAAGUGAACAAAAUAGAGUAUGCAGAGAUCAGCAGCGACCUGUCGCCCGUCAUUGAAGAGCUGGCUGGAGCAGGAUUCCUGCAGGACGAGACAGAAUUGGAAGAGCUGCCUGAGGUUCUGGAUUUGCUCUCGGCCCCUGAGCUGAAAACCUUAGCGAAGGCCUUCCACCUGACCAGCCCAAACGCUCCAAAACAGCAGCUCCUGGAUGAAUUCCUGCAGCUGGCAAAGCAGCGCUCAAUCUUCAGCCAAAACCAGGCUGGCGUCAGAAGUGCAAUUCUGAAAAGGGCUAAAGAUCUCGCCGGGAAAUCCAUCAGAGUGUGUAAAGGUCCCCGGGCGGUCUUCUCCCGAGUGCUGCUGCUAUUUUCCCUGACUGACUCCAUGGAGGAUGAAGAAGCCGGGAGUGGGGGCCAGGGACAACUUUCCACGGUGCUGAUGGUAAACAUGGGUCGGAUAGUCUUCCCCACUUACACGGUCAACAGGAAAACCCCAAUAUUUCAGGACCGGGAUGAUUUCAUCAGGUACGCCACCGUGGCGCACAUGUCGAAUGAUAUAUCUGUAGCCAUGACUAAUGGGAACUGGAACGAGGCGCACAGACUUUACGAGGCUGCGAAAGAAACCUGGCAGGAGCUGAGGGAUUAUCCUUCUCUCAGGCCCCACACAGCUCUCCCAGAAUACCUGAGGCAUUUCACAGUUGGGUGGAUGUAUACACGGAUUCUGUCGCGGGGUGUGGAGAUCUUGCAGAGAAUUCACAUGUAUGAGGAGGCUGUAGAGCAGCUGCAGGAUCUUCUGGACCAGGAGGUCUAUUGUACUGACUCUCGAGGACGGUGGUGGGACCGGCUAGCUCUUAACUUGCACCAGCACUUGAAAGACACUGGGAAGGCUGUCCAGUGCAUCCGAAAAGGCCUCCUGGAUCCGUCUGUGCGCACGGGACAUCGGCUUUCUCUUUCCCAGCGAGCCCAGAGGAUGAAAGAUUCCCCUGCGUGUAAGAAGUUAAGGCACCUCCUUCAAGACCUGCCUGUUUUUUCUGUGGAAGACGUCACCCACGUGACCAUCAAAGGCAAGCUGUGCCCACAGACUGGGAUGGGAAAGUCCGUGUUCAUUAUGGAAGAUCUUGGGGUGAAAGGCCAAGAAGAAGGCCAGGAGCCCUCGACUGUGGUCUGCUCUGUGGAGGAGCUGGCGUUGGCCCAUUACAAGCAGGAUGGCUUUGACCAAGGGAUUCAUGGCGAAGGAUCUACAUUUUGCACACUCUACGGCCUGCUGAUGUGGGAUAUCAUUUUCAUGGAUGGCAUACCUGAUGUCUUCAGGAAUCCUUACCAGGCCUCCCCGCUGGAUUUGUACACAGACAGCUUUUAUGAGAACCGGCGGGAGGCCAUUGAGUCGAGGCUGCAGCUGCUGCAGGAGGCUUCCCCCGAGACCCUGAAGGAGCUAAUUGGUGACGUCUGGAAUUCCCACGCGGGGGAAGCAGCAGCCCUCGUCAGCUGGGACCGGUUCUCUUCCCUCCAGCAAGCACAGAGCCUGGCAGGUUGCUUGGGGGGCCCUUUUCUGAGUGGAGUUUGCCAGCGACUCUCCCGAGAUCUCCGCCACUGCAGGGGGGGCCUCCCAGAUCUUGUCGUCUGGAAAACUGAAGAUCACCAAUUCAAGCUGGUGGAAGUCAAGGGCCCCAACGAUCGCCUCUCUUACAAGCAGAUGGUCUGGCUGGCUGAGCUGCAGAGGAUAGGGGCGGUGGUUGAGGUGUGCCAUGUCGUUGCUAUCGGAUCAAAAACUAAACGCCUGAGCUGAAGGACUCUCUUGGGGCAGCUGGGCUCCAGCAGAGAGGCGUCAGUCUUCAUUGGCAAGUGUCUCAGUAGACAGCCAGAUCUUGGCACCACUUAAGAAUUUGCUGAGGGGUGUUCCCAGAAUGCUCCGCCGGCAGAGGUUUCCUACGGGAGAAAAUGGGAAGGAGGAAGAGAGGAACUCUGGAGUGGCUGACGUGUCCUUGAGCCCGCUUGCUCGGAAGUACAUCCGGCUUUGCUCCAGUUCGGACGCAUUCACGAGCGAAGGGGGGCUGCCGUGGUGGUGCUGCUGCCGCAGGCUCCGAUGCAACCAUUCUACUUCAUCUGCCAACAGAGAAAUUUUAUGGAAGGCUGUGAUGAAGCCGCCACGGUUGAUCUGGGCCUCAGGAACCCAGCGGAAGUAGCAGAGUUUCCAGAGUUUGAUUUGGGUUCCAGAAAGGCGGGGAAGGAGGACACCGUGCAGGUCGACCGGCUUGGAAAACCACUCUCGGAAAUACUGCUCCAUACCGUUGGCAUGGUGGUCUGUGUGCUGAAGGAAGUCGGGUUUCAGUUUCAGGAUGAGCGAAUUUCUUCUUGGAAGAAAGUCUGGCUCACUGAUGAUCCCAUUCUUUAAAGACGGGGGCAGGCCUCUGAGCGUCGAGCUGUAGUUCUUCUGGAAAGGAAUGGUAAAAAGUCUGCUCAGUUUCCAUCAGAUUCACCUGGCCGCCAUGGAGUGAGUUCCAGCCACAUUCGAGGCACUUCCCUCCCAUGAGAAUAAGAUAUCCUAGAAACUCAGCCACAGAAGAACGCAGCAGCCCACCAGAGUGGAGGCAUCAUCCACAGUAACUUCACUGGACUUCUGGGGUGGUAAGAUUAAGUGCCAUUUUAUAAGGGCACUUCUCUGCCAGCAGAGGCCUAUGCAAGCUCUUCAUCAGGCAGAAUGGAAGAGUGGAUCCGUGCUGGCCAGAGCACAUUUCUAGUCACUGCCAGCUGAUGUGCAAAAUGUACCUUCACUCAAAACAUUCAUUCAUUCGAUUUCUAUACCGCCCUUCCAAAAAUGGCUCAGGGCGGAAAACACACAUUUUCUCUUGAUGUCCACUAGCAGAGGGUUCUAGAAGGUCACUACCUCAGUAUGUAAACCCCUGCAGGUCAAAGUUAAGUGUUGCGUGUGAUUUGGCCACUGUCUCCUGUUUUACUCUUAUUCUAAACUUCUUCUCUGUGGCGCUGAGAGAGCGAGCUAUUUUUUAUGCUGCUUGCAGGAGAUGUACGUUAAGCACGAAACCUGUCUACUAGUACGGCGGUGGCAGCAGCUGGUCCAGGACAGUCUUAGCUGCCUUGUUAGGAAGCACACGGAUGAGAAAGGAACUGUCAGCAAAUAGGGAAACUUUCAUUAAGGAGCAGUUCUAAAGUUACUAGAAUGCGCAGGAAACGUUGCUACCUGUAGAGCUGACAGACUCCUUGCUUUCAGGCAGCCCUCCAGUGGGACAAUCUACUUUGGCGAGCAAGAGGCCAAUCCUGUUGCCCUGUAUGGCUUCUGCCCCAGCCUGCCACUGGACCCACCACAGAUGCCCUCAUUUGCUGUUUACGGGCUUGUGUCACAAAGUGCUCAGAAGUAACAUAGCAAGCAUCUCUCUCUUUGACAAGAAGUGAAAGAUCACACACUCAGUGUUUGGAGUGUGUGAUCUUUAGUGUUUCUACACUAGAAAACUUCUGCAUAAAGAACUGAAAGAGAGUUCCCAUGCUGUGUUCAUCAGGAGAGAAGUGCAGGUACCACCCCUUCACAGGAUGAAGAUAGUAAGCUUUUAUCAACCCCGAGGCUUUGGAACGCACUUCGAAAUAAGUGCCCCCCCACCCCCGAUCUCAGACAACUUUUAAAAGGGCAGUUAGGACACAUCUGGUUACCCAGGCUUUCAAUUAGAUACUCUUUUAAUAGAGACUGGGUUUUUUUAACAUUGUUUUAAAUUUUAAGUUAUUGUAAUGUUUUUAAGUUAUUGUAAUGUUUUUAAGUUAUUGUAAUGUUUUUAAGUUUUUAUUUUGUUUGUAUUGUGAUAUCGUAAACUACCCAGACACACAAGUUUCAGCCGCUGUAAUAAAAAAGCCCCCUUGCACUGCUGGACAA